CGCCCUGACACGCUGUAGCGGCUUUGUGCGGCUGCAACGACUGCAGAAGCAUUCUGCACCCGCAGCCGCAGUGCCAGUGCUGCCCAAUUGGUCAUUUGCAGCAUUCGUGCAUGAACAUCAGUGUGGUGCAGCGUGCACAGUGUGCAGCCCUGUAAAGACCGUACACAGUGUGCAGCAGCAGCGUGCAGCCAGCGUAUAGGGCAAUAAAUGGAGGCAUGCAACGCAUGGGCCAAGAGCCACGGCGUCGACGCACACAAGCACGGCGUCGAGUUUCGCGCGUCGCCGCUGGGCGGCCUUGGCGCGUUCGCCACGAAAGCCAUCAAUGCCGGUGACACGCUGCUGCUGCUCCCGCGCGGCUUCGCCGUGACGCCGUACGUGUGCGAGGUCGCGCUGCAGGACGCGUCGCUCGCGAGAAGUCCGCGCGCCGCUCUGGCGCUGUUUCUGUGCCACGAAAGAGCGAGGGGCGCCGCGUCGCCCUGGGCGGUCUGGCUCGCGACGCUGCCCGCCGAGGGCCUGGAUGGAAGCGCCUUCGGCACGUCCGCCGAUGUGCUGGCCGCGGCGGCUGCGACGCGGCGCGCGGAGAACCCCGGCGCCUCUAGGCCGGCCGACGCCUACACGGCCUGGAUGGCGUCCGACGACGCGGGCGGCGAGCCGCCGCCGAAGAGCUACGAGGAGGAGAUCGCGGGCUGCCGGAGCCAGGCGGCGGCGACCGCGGCCUUCUGCGUCGGCAAGCGGCCGGACCUCGCGAGGCACCUACCGUGGGCCAUCGCGGCGGUCGCUACGCGGGCGUUCCGCGUCAACGGCACUAUGCAGCUCCUGCCGCUGGUGGAGAAGAUGAACCACUCUAGCCAGGGCGGGCGCCUCGUCGUGACGUCCGCCGGCGAACUGGCUCUCCUGGCCGGUGCUACCUACGCGGCCGGCGACGAGGUGUUCCUGAACUAUUUCGACGGCCAGGACGCGUCGACGCCCGAGCGCGUGCUGGCGCACUAUGGGUUCGAGCCAGCGGCCGCUUGUUGACAAUGUUGUAUCGCGAAGUAAGUAUGUUCGUCCGAGGGGGUUUGGAAAAAUAAAAGCUAUAUACACAC